UUGUUCCUGUCAAUCCUGUCAUUUUUCAUUUCCUUUUUGAUUAGUGGGCCGUCCUUUAUAUUAUUUCUGAUUAGAAUUCAAUAAAUAAAACAUUACAAUGGCUGAAGACACGACAGCCGAUGCGACAAGAAGAUUAAAUGUUAAGAAACAGACAUUGGACGAUGCUUACGCGGCACCGGCAAACUUCCUGGAGAUUGAUGUAGUGAACCCCGUUACAACCAUGGGAGUUGGGAAAAAACGCUAUACAGAUUACGAAGUCCGCAUGAGGACGAACCUGCCAGUUUUCAAAGUGAAGGAGUCUAGUGUAAGGCGGCGGUAUAGCGAUUUCGAAUGGCUUCGGAAUGAACUUGAGAGGGACAGCAAGAUCGUAGUUCCACCUUUGCCUGGUAAAGCUCUGAAGAGACAACUCCCGUUCCGGGGUGAUGAUGGCAUAUUUGAAGAUGAAUUCAUUGAGGAUCGUAGAAAAGGACUAGAAGUAUUCAUAAACAAGAUAGCCGGACACCCCCUGGCUCAGAACGAGCGGUGCCUUCACAUGUUUCUACAAGACCCGACCAUCGACAAGAACUACGUCCCGGGCAAGAUACGGAACACAUAAUAGAUGUAACCUGGACUAAAAGAGUUUUAAGACAAUUCUCUUCAUGCAAGUUUCACGCGACUGCGAUUUUGUUUGAGCAAAAUAUAAAAAAAAAGAUCAUCUGGGAUUAAGUGUAAAAGGUAAAACUCUGUAACAAAUUAUUUCAUUAUGACAAACUAACAUAAAUAACUUCUUUAUUGACCUUGCACUAGUAAGUUGAUAAUAAUUUACACCUGGGUGUGCCACAAGGAAGUAAUAUUGGCCCACCAUAAUUACAUCUAAUAUCUGUCACUAUUUGAAUCUAAUUGUGCUGUUUUGUAUGUUUUACUCUUAUGGUGCAAUAAAGAGUUUUAUGCAUGUGUUGUAUCUAUCUAUCCAUCAAAUAAUA